UAUGAAAUCAUGACAGUUAAAUCCACACUUUUCAAAGACAAGAUAGGUUUAAAUUUACUUAUAUUUCUUGUCGUAAUAACCUUAACUGUUUGUUGCGUGAGUGCGAAAUGUUCCGGAAAAUCGUGUGGUCACGACAAUUCAGAUGCAUUAGCGAGGUAUAAUCGCUUUGUUCAAGCAAUAUCGAAUCAUCGCAGGUCGACAGUUUCGAGGCGGAAUGCUGAACAUGUCAAACGAAAUAACAAAAAGCGUUCGACAUAUACCGCUUCAUCAUCUUCAUCCUAUCGUCAAACAUCGUCAUUAAGAUUUAAUAACCAUGGGAGACGGGUUUUGUCAUCAAGUGGUUCUCGAGCAAAAGCAGUUUACACUGCUGUGCAACAGUACUCGGCAGAGGAAGGGCGAAAAUAUGCUAUGAGGUUACAUCAACUUCGUCUCACUCACCUACGAAAGCAACUUGAACGCCAAACUCAAAAACCUUGGUGGGGGCAAUGGAGCACCUGGAGCGCUUGCGGACGCACAUGCGGAUGUGGCGUUCAGUUUCAAGAAAGACAUUGCCUGGGAUCCAGGAACGCUGCAACGCAUCACAACGGCAAAGCGAUAUGCGAAGGUCCAACGAAGAAAUACAGAAUAUGCAAUUCUGCUCCAUGUCCGACACAAAAUCCAACGUUUAGAAAGUUACAAUGUUCCCAAUAUGCCGCAAAGAAAAUUAGAGGAAAAUUCUAUACAUGGAAACCUUACGGUCAUCCAGUUGAAGAAAUCGUUUCAAACGAACCAUGUCAGUUGGUUUGCGUGUCGAACGUGAACGAGAUUCAGCUGAAUACUGUGGCAAUGGACGGAACUGAAUGUCGUAGAGGAUGGAAUGACGGUCGUUGCGUUGAAGGAAAAUGUCAGCUUAUCGGCUGUGAUGGAAAAAUUAAUUCGGAAAAACUCAAAAAUAAAUGUGGGAAGUGUGAAGGAAACGAAACAUCAUCGUGUGUGAUCCAUGAUAGAUUAUUUGCAAAAAAUUUACCAACAUCAGGAGAAUAUGAAGUUGUUCGCGUGCCACGGGGAGCUUACGAUAUCCUGAUAAACGAACGAAGAAAAACAGCAGCGAGUCUGGUUGUUAGAGACAUGAACGGUACGAUUCUUCUUAAUGGCGGAGGCAAAUCCGAUUCCGGUCUAGGAACGGAAGGAUGGCCAAGUAAUCUUGUGAUGGCAGGAGCAGAAUUUCGUUACAGAAAGCCGACAUCGCGGACAUCAUCUGCUGGAUUUGAAUAUCUCUUAAGCACGGGACCAUUGGAGCGUGAUAUCAUGGUUUAUUUACACGCCACAGUGCCAGGAAACACAUUUCUACACUACGAGUUCAAAACGCCAAUUUUUGAAACAGGAGAUGUUGUGACGACAUCGAUGGAACAAGAUGGAAGCAAUGUUGAUCCUGAGAAUCCCCCAACUGAACCAACACCAAGCUUAACUUCCCAAACACCAAUUAUAAUGCCUCCCAUUACCAAGCCACCAUUACAAAUUUCUACAAGUCCCCAAAUUGUUCUACUUCCUCCACGACCCAGGGAAGAAGGGAUAGGAAAGGUAUCCAAAAUAACUGAUUAUGAAUUUGUUGAAGAAGAAGAGAUUCAACAUCCUGUGGCAGAAGAUGACGGAGAAGGUUUUCUUCUCAUUAGAGAACUCGAUGUCAGUCAUGUAAAUGGGGGAGAGAAUACAGAAAGACAACACAACAGCAGUGAUUCACAAAAUGACUAUGGCGAAAAUAACCUCAUAUUCACAAAACCACGAUUCAAGUUGUCUGAGAUGGAAGAUGCACUCUAUGACGCAGACCCAAGUUUAAACAUUUUACCGAACAAAAUUGUGAGAUUAGAGAACAAAAAUGAGUCUGAAACUAUAUCGCGUGUUUACACAGUUAUACGACAGCUUCCCACAGACAAUGAAACAAUAGUUGACGAAGGAGAAGAAGGGGAUGAGGAUGUUCCCGGUGGUGAAGACGAUGGAGAUGACGAGGAUGAUGAAUAUUAUAAUCAAGAUUAUAAAAUAAUUCCCGAAGCAAAUAUACCUAUACCUGUUAGAUAUGGAAGUCGACACAGCAGUACAAGAUUCGGUUCACGAGUGUCGACCGAAUUCGGUUGGAGGACAAAUGGUUUUGCACCAUGUAGCAGCACCUGCAGAAGCGGACUUCAACAGUCUUAUGCAGUUUGUGAAAGAAUGAGAGAUCAUUUAACUGUUGAUGAUUCCUACUGCGAUCCAACAACCAGACCGGAACCAGUAAAAAAAGAAUGCAUUGGGAAACCAUGUGAUCCAAGAUGGGAGGCGACGCCUUGGUCAGAAUGUUCUCUAAGUUGUGGAACUGGAGUUCAGAUGAGAACAGUGAGAUGUUGGCAGAUGAUCGGUUCUGGAUUUGAUAGCACGCUAUAUACAGAAAUAUGUAAAGAUGUAGCCGGAGAAAAACCAGUGGAAACGAAGCCUUGCAAAGUCUUAGAUCAGUGUGGCCCGUUAUGGGAAACCAGUGAUUGGUCGCCGUGCCCAGCACCUUGCGGUAUGGUGGGAGUGAAGUGGCGCACGAUACGUUGUUCAGCGGGUCAAGAUCGGUUUUGCUCGUCAGCACCCAAACCAAACUCACAAGAACAGUGCAUGGGACCACGAUGUCUACUCCACUGGACCACAACCGAUUGGGGACCAUGUUCAGGUGUAUGUGGUGGUGGGCGUAAAACAAGAAAAGUGAUUUGCACCGAUGGUGCUGGACGUGGACACCCGGAGGAUCAAUGUGACCUCAAUACAAAACCACCAACAUCCCAUCCAUGCGGAGAUGUGAACUGCCGCCCCGAGUGGAUCACUCAAGACUGGGAAGAGUGUUCGGUCGAAUGUGGAUCUGGAGUCAGACACAGGAAAGUAAUGUGUUCCGGGAUUGUUAACGGUGAAGUACACAACUAUGAGGAUGAUACUCCAUGUAUUGCAACAACGAAGCCUCCAGUAGAGGAAUCUUGUCAAAAGCCCGAUUGCGACCCAGUUUGGUUCACAACUUCUUGGUCGAAGUGCUCUGUAACAUGUGGCGAUGGUAAUCGAGUGAGAGAAGUAAAAUGCUACUUGAAAAGUGCACCAGCAACUGGAUGUGACCAAACACAGAAACCCCCUCAACAAGAAGCAUGUGGAAUGUCUCCAUGUCCAGCACCGCGUCCUCAAGCUGAAUGCACGAAUGGACCAGUGAACUGCGCACUUGUUGUACAAGUUCGCCUCUGUUCACAUUGGUAUUACCGAAAAGCUUGCUGUAAAGCAUGCCAAAACCGCAGGCCCACAAAGUCGUGUACGACUUGUCGAGGGAAAUAGAUUCAUCAAAACCUCGUCGAACAGCCGAGACGUCAGUAUGAAAAACGUUACACUUAUUUGUAUGUUCAACAUUUUUAGUUCAGUGUUUAUUCAAAAUAAAAUGAAUCCCAUGGUACGCACUAAAUCUUAAAUCAUUUAGAGAGUCAUCAAUUUUCAAAUGAGUAUAAUUUUACUACAAUCUUGAAUUUAUCAAUGAUAUCGAUAUUGUCCUGCAUCCAAUUUGCAAUUUUGAUAAGUUAGUACUGGGCUGGUACCGUGCUUCCUUUUCAUCGAUCCACAUUUUUGACACAUUCUAAUUUUGUAUAUAUUUUUAUUAACAUUGUGUACUCAACUACCAAUUAAAAUAGUAUUGUUUACUGUCAUUGGUUAUACACUUGAAUGGGCUUUGUAUCACAUAUAACAAAAAUUUGCAACUCGACCUUAAUUCAAAGACUUAACCUGGCAUCUGAGUUCAAAUGUUUUCGUGUAUUCACAGCUUUGAUAUGUUGUAUAUAUAUUGUUUAGCGGAGGUUAUGCGAAGUGAAUUUGAAAAAAAUAUUCAAGGUAUUUUGGCUAUGAGAAUUUAUUGUAUAUACACAACUAAACAUUGGUACAUAUAUAUCACUGCUGUUUCUCGAGGUAAUAAACUUAAUAAAGUUUUAACGACAUUUAUUUGUAUAUAUAUAUAUGUAAACUUUACUAUAGUACGGCGACUUUUUAUGUGACUACUAUUCAGAGUUCCAGUAAUAACGAUAAAUUUCAACAAAAACGUCCGUGUGCAUAUUCAAAGCAAUUGUGCGUUGAUCGUACAUUUGUUUCAGUUAAGCAUAAAUCGAAUUUUGAAGAUUUAAUCAAUAAAUUGCUAAAUAAAGUGAUUUGCUUGCAUAUUUGUUGUUUUUGUAGUUUCGCCACACUCGUGUAUUUUUAGACGAAUAAAUGAAAGAUACUAUACUACG